AGAGGAAAGGGAGAGAGGAGGGAGGGAGCGGAGCGCAGCCCCGUCGCCGGGAAGGCAGCCGGAGCUCCUGCGCGCAGCAAGAGAUGAUUGUGUUCAAAAGAGGACAGAGCUGCUGAAGUGCCUGUUGUACUGUCCGGGAGUGCACAAGAGAGAGGCAGUGUGUAAACUGAGCGGCAGGAGCACAGGGAAGUGCAAACAUAGUGAAAGGAGGCUGUCGUUCCCAGAACCAGGAUCUCUCUUGGACAUUUCAAAGGACUACAAAAAGGACCUACUUUCUUCUCACGGGACCUAAGAUACUGUGCUUUGACUUCUAAGUCAACCCUAGUAUACAGAUGUGGACUUCAGGUAGAAUGAGAAAUGCAAAGAACUUGCUUGGACUUGGGGUCUCCUUGUAUUUUUGGGGACUGAUGGACCUUACUACAACUGUGCUGUCAGGAAGUGCCAGGCCACUCACUGAAGGCCCAGAAGACAACUUCUCAGACAAGCUGCAUCAGCGUAUGAAGAGGAGUUGGGUGUGGAACCAGUUCUUUGUUCUGGAGGAGUACACAGGAACUGACCCUCUGUACGUUGGGAAGCUCCACUCUGACAUGGAUAGAGGAGAUGGUUCCAUCAAAUACAUCCUCUCGGGAGAGGGAGCUGGCAUUGUGUUUACAAUCGAUGAUACCACAGGGGACAUUCAUGCCAUUCAGAGACUGGACCGGGAAGAAAGGUCGCAGUACACCCUGAGGGCACAGGCUCUGGACAGGAGAACAGGCAGGCCAAUGGAACCAGAGUCGGAGUUCAUCAUCAAAAUCCAAGACAUCAAUGACAAUGAGCCCAAAUUCCUGGAUGGACCAUAUGUAGCCUCUGUACCGGAAAUGUCACCUGUGGGAACCUCUGUUAUCCAAGUGACAGCAACAGAUGCUGAUGACCCAACCUAUGGGAACAGUGCGAGAGUAGUGUACAGUAUUCUCCAAGGACAACCAUAUUUCUCUGUGGACUCUCGGACAGGCUUAAUUAGGACAGCUCUGAUGAACAUGGACAGAGAAGCAAAAGAAUAUUAUGAAGUGAUUAUCCAGGCCAAGGAUAUGGGUGGACAGCUGGGAGGAUUAGCUGGAACAACCACAGUCAACAUCACCCUCUCUGAUGUCAAUGACAACCCACCCAGAUUUCCACAAAGUGAGUAUCCACCACAUCAGGAUGGGCAGAAAGGGGUGGCUGAGCUGCACAGCUGCUAUUUGCUCUCAUUACAGCUAUUUUCCAACUCAGUAUAGCGAUAACUGGAGAUGAGCAGAAUAUGAGAUCAAAGAAGGAACUUUCCUUCAGAAAAUGUCAAAACAGAGUGUUCAAUAGUCUGUCUUUCAAAAAAGGUUUCCAACUGCCAAAAUCAUCAAAAGCAACACUUUUUUUAAAGGGAGGAAAAUUAAUUUACAAAA